UCUGGCCAGUGUCCGUGAUGACUACCUCGUGAAUCGACGUGUCCGUUCGAUAAAUAUGACGGUUGCGUCGGUUUUAUCUAAAUCCUUUGUGAAAUUAACUGUGGUCUUUAUCAAUAGGAGGAUUGCGACAGAAUCAUCGGCUAUUGGUGGUGUUUUGUGAAAGCGCAGAGUGCCUUGAAGUUAGAAUUGUGAAUCUUUUAAAGCGUUUGAUUCUGUGAACUCACUCUCUCGCCAGAAUUCAAAUAGGAUCGUUAAAUGAAUGAAUAAAUAAAAUUAAUCGUAAAAGAUCUACAAUUAAAAUGCUGAUCGCCAGUGCAUCCAACAAUCAAACAAUCGCUCCUACGUCAUCCGUAAAGCUACGAAGAUCCCGCCGAUUAUCAUCCACUAGAGGAUUAAAGCAACGAACCACCGCAAAUAUCCCAAAGGAUUCUCUUCCUUGCCAAGACCACCAUCAAAAGCUCGAUCUUCGUUCCGCAGCGAACAAGAGCGUCGACGACAACAACACUAGAGGCAGAUUACUGAUGAACUGGGAGAUGAACGAGAGGAUCAGCUUAAGUAGCGGCUCCAGCGUUGGAUUGGCGAUUCGUCCUGAUGGUAAAAAAGGCAUCGAAUUUAGCGAGAAUCGCAGGAGAGAAAUUGAAAGUAAAUCGAAAAUCGGCAAAUACUCCGAACGGAAUUGCGAGGCUAAAUCAUCAUCAUUGUCAUCGACUAAGCCAACGUUAGAGCUGAUGAACGUGUCCGGAUUCCCUGCGAAUGCGAAUCGAAGGUAUCGUGAAAGCUUCCAUUCAGUCGAGAUCGACGAGCCGAACGAGAAUAUUCUCAAGAGCGACUCGAAGUACGAAAUCGGCAUUCCCAGCCAUGGCUCCACGGCAAGAAAGCAGAAACAACGAGACACGCACAGGAAAGAUAACGUCGACGAGACAAGAAGGUGGACUAAGGACAAGUCCGGCGACUCCAUCUCGAAACGGCUAGAAUUGAUUCAUGAACUUAAUCAAAAGAUUUUGGCUAAUUACGAGAGAUUCCAACAGAGAUCAAAGCGUGCCAAAGACGCGAAGGAACAGACUAUUAAAAAUCGUGUCAAAGACAAAAUUGAUCCCGAGGAACACGUUUACACGGAGAUCAAAAAGAAAAGCAAGACGACUUGCAGAACGAGCGAACGAAAGAAUCAAAGCGUUCUCAAGCAGGAUAUCUCUAACCGAGAUACUUGCAGAAAGGAUUCCUCCAAACGAGACACUUGUAAACAAGCGGGUACCAAUAAAUUAGUCACAUCUAAAAGUUAUUACGAAAGUAUUAAAGGUCGAACGGAAAAGAAGGACGUCCCAAGUGCCAUGAAUAAAUCUGAUCGCAGGAUCGUUUGUGAGAACACGAAUUUCAGUAUGGCGGCUAAGGAAAAUUUUUUCUAUCAAAUAGACGAGAAGACGCAGCCAUCGAAAUAUGUGAAAUUGAAAGAUAAGAAAGAACGAUUGUCAAAAGAGAGUUCGAUCUUCUACGCAAACGGGGAUCCACCAAAGGAGAUCGAAUCGAUCGAGAUUCACGAUUGUCUGGAGGAUUCCAGAUUAUAUCCCGAUAGCUACGAUCUAUAUAAUAAUGAGCCGAGGAACGGUAGCUUAAAGAAAAACUCGAAGGAUAACGCUUCGGAGACCGAUCGAUCCGAUUCGCGAAAGGAAGCGGAAUCACGACCGGGGAGCGAAGAUACCGUGAUGGACGAGAAGAUUUUGGAGAGCAAGAUUUUGGAGAACCUGGACGAGACGAUCGACAGGUUCGAUAGUGAAAGGACGUCGGGGAACAGUAACGAGGAGAAGGACAGCUUCAGCACGGAUUCUAUACAGAGCGGGAGUCCCUCGAGCGCGAAAGACUCGAAGGAUUCCGCUAACAUCCUGGAUACCUUCAAUUCCUCCUGGGACUCGGGAGUCGGGGUGGACGUCGGCAACGGGAGUGGGUGGGUGAGGAUACACACGGGGAUUGAGAGCAGCCUCGUAUAUCUUACUCUGGACACCACAGCUAAGGACGUCUGCAGGGACAUGCUGCUAGGAGACGACUUGUCUCUGUUUGUCCAGUAUGGUGGUGAGCCAGGCAGGAGGUUGGCAUCCCAGGAGAAGCCGCUGGAAAUUCAGGAUCAAUUUCUUCAAAGGCUUGGCUACCAAGAUACGUCCCGACGCGCUCGUCUGGGAGUUGAUCCAGAGCUCAGACACCUCAUCGGCUUUCACGUAGGACCCGCAUCGCCAUUACCAGAUUUGGUGGGAUACAGUCGUUGCGGCUAUACUUUGGUAUUGAAGGGGUUGGUUUCUCCUCAAUGGAAGCGACGACCUCUGGCUGUCAUCGGCUCCAGACUCUUCCUUUAUCCGGCUUGUCCGGAAUCGCGCGCAGAAUGGAUGGAGCUAGGCGGCGGAGGUGGCGCGGUGUGCUAUGCGCCGUCACGUCUGGGCAAACUCGUUUUGCGUGUCACUGGGUUUCCCAGGGUCACUCAACAGUGCCAUGUGAGCCAACACCCUGAAGAGAGUCACCAUCGUGAAACCAGGCAUUUGUAUCUGGGCUUCCAUCAUCCCUGGGAUCGAGAUCUCUGGAAAAGCUGGAUCAAAAAGACGUCUUAAAGUUUAAGCUUUCGCAGCUGAAACCGAUUCUCAGGACUUCUCUUUGGACAUACGUAACUUUACGAGAAAAUGAACGAUUCUCAUGCAACGAGCUCGGACAAACUGAAUUUUGCAUGACGUCCCGAAGAUAAGCGGGACCGUCGUGGGCAUGUAGUACAUAAGUUAAUAUUUAAAGUAAGGAUGUGUA